UUAGACAAUUUUACUUAUUUUCCUCUCAAUGUCUCUAAAUAAAAUAGUUACUUGACUUGCUAUUGGUAGCAUGAGUAUUCACAACAAUGAAUUGAAUGUGGUUCACAUCCAAAAAAAGCUGAGAAGCGAACCAUCACUGAGCCAACUACAGGACAACAUCGUCCGGGAGAUGGAUUAUGCUGUUUGUAGAAGUUGCACCUUGGUUGGUGUAUUCGGAGAAAGAUGCCUUCGCCCUCUUCAGCUGGCACUGGAGUCCAAGAACAGGAAGCUGGCCCAGACUGCCCUCACAGGAAUGCAGAAGAUGCUGUCUGAGGACAGGUUUGUGAGCUUGGAGACGGAGGCUCUGGAGAGGCAGCUGUUGAGUCAGAUGCUGGACGCAGUGAGGGUGACCCCCAUGCUCCAUGAGGACCUGCAGGUCGAGGUCAUGAAGGUCCGUCCUUUCUGCACAUAUGGAUUAUUAAAGCGAUCCCUGUUAUAGUAAUUGACCCAGUCUAAACAUUGAUUAAAGAAGUAUACUUUAUAAUCCAAUGAAGAGUUUGACUGUUUUACCUCUGUUGAUGCCGAUGUGUGAAGACUGCUAUUGUAGUGUAGUGUAGUGUAGUGUAUUGCACUAAGGGUCCCUACUCCCCAGGUAGUGAAAUAAAGCUGGGACCAGCCCCUGGCUUGUUGCCAGUCACUUGUUCUCAUCCACAUGGACGGGUCUGUAGUGGACCGGGUCAAGAUCUCAAGUUCCUCGGUGUCCACAUCACUAAGGAAUUAACAUGGUCUACACACACUAAC